GUUAUCACCGACCUAGUGGUGAAACUUCGCGAGUCGCAACUGUACUGGGCUUGCAUCCUGAUCGAAAUGUCAUGGUUGGCUAGAUCCCUGGCGAACUCUCUGAAGCUCGACGAUGAUGACGACGGUGCCACCAGUAAUGUCACCGAUAAAGAAUCACUGUCCGAUAGAAAAUCGGAUGAUGAGCAACAGCAGAUCGAUCCAGAGACUCCUACUGGGCGAGGUGUCAAAGAAGAUCUAUCAGAGCUCACCAAAACCCUAACCCGCCAGUUUUGGGGCGUGGCCUCCUUCCUCGCUCCUCCUCCCACCUCCCCUCGGCAUGAUCAGAUCUCUGAUUCCAACAGCCGGGAACCGUCCGAUGAGGCUCCGUUCGAUGAAUCCUCGCCGGAAGAAUCUUCCGAUCCAGUGGGAAUUGCGGGAAUACGCAGCGAUUUAUCGGAGAUUGGGGGGAAAUUUAAGACUGGAAUCUCCAAGCUGUCGAAUAACAUGGCUGUUUCGGAGAUUACCAAGAUUGCUUCGAAUUUCCUCCAAUUUGGAUCGGAACAUGAAACGGUGGACUAUAAUUUGGUCGGAGGUGCUGUCGGCGUUACCGAGGAAGUGAUGGCUUUCGUGAGGAAUAUAGCAAUGCAUCCAGAAACGUGGUUGGAUUUUCCUCUGGUUGAUGAUGAAGAUUCAGAUGAUUUUGAUAUGUCUGAUGCUCAACAAGAGCAUGCUAUGGCUGUUGAACGUCUUGCACCAAGAUUAGCUGCACUGAGGAUUGAACUUUGCCCAGGCUGUCUAACUGAGGAUUGCUUUUGGAAGAUAUACUUUGUGCUUUUGCAUCCAAGACUCAGUAAACACGAUGCUGAACUUCUAUCUACUCCCCAAAUAGUGAAGGCAAGAGCAAAGCUGACACAGGAGUUACAGAGCCGAACUAAGGCAAAGCCAGAACCAGAGUCUGAGAGGGGCACUUAUUUGAAAGAAACAACUAAUCCACCUCAUGAAGAGCAUCCUUCUGUGCCAUCUAGUUCUCAAUCUGAAUCAUCACCAUUGAAGACAUCUUCGAUUGAAUCAGCUACUUCCAUAGUUGCAUCUGAUUUUCCGACUGAGAAACGUACAGUCCUAAGUACUAAAGUUCAGAUUGUUGACAAGUCUGUUGUUGAGGAAGGACCAGUAAAAGAGAUCAAAAAUCAAGAUUCACUAUCUGGUUCUUCCUCUCGAAUAUUGGAUGAGAAAUAUGAGGAUGAUGGUGAUGAUUGGCUGAAGGAGGAAAGUUCAGAAAUAGUUGGUGCUGGCAGAGCUACCAUGCCUCUUGUUAACGAAGAGGAUGUAUCAUUCAGUGAUCUUGAGGAGGAUGAUGGAGAUGCGCCUACAAGUUACAAGAAAGUAACAUAUGGCUCGGAUUCCUCAACCAAAGACUCGCGAGAUUGGGUUCAACUUAUUAGCAGCUCUGCUGACUCAGCUAAGGAUGCUACUGGAUCUGAGAAGGUAAGUGCUCAUAACACUGAGACCAAGGAAUCCAAUGAUUGGCUCGAUGUUGAUGAUAUUGAUGUUGUUUGAUGGCACCUGUGAAAGCCUUAAAAAUUUCUGGCUAAUGUGAUUUAUCCUCCACUUUUUUUUCUUCAUCUUGUGGAUAACUUGUGUAGGUUUCCUUUGUCUACAUUAGGCUUUGGAAACCCUAUCUGUGUACAUAAAGCCCUCUGGAUGUUUAUUUGCAUAUGAAAAAUGUAAUUUUAUGUGAGACACGUUGAUGACAGAAAAAAGUGAAAAUUGAGAACCAUCCAAUAAACCGUCAUCAUAAUAAUCUGAUUUGGGAGUUGCAUGUUAAUAGUAUGA